AUUUUGAGCUCCAAGGCAUUCGCGGUCGUGAAUUUAUGAUUUCCAGGACCCCUUAACCCCUUCGUUCGGACCCCAUCGCCGACUUGCGACCCAGGGGCUAUUUGUCCAACUCCCUUGAGAAGCUUCGUGUUCUCGGGAUUUUACUUCUAUGAUCUGUUUGUAAUGAUCUAUUCUCCUUCUUGACCCUCGUUAAAACACCCAAUUUCUUUCCUCUCCUCACAGAGAAUCUGAGGUUGCGCAAAGCUCCUUUUUGACCCGUAGCCUCGUCGGGAUCAAUUAAGAGGCCACGCACACCUCUUUCACCCUUACACCUCGAAAUUCCCAUCCAUAAACCACCACGGUAGCGCUCGAGAGACACAACCCACCAUGGCCAAAGCCGCAGCCAUGAAGCCGCCGGCUUCAAAAGGCUCUUUCAACGCGCCCCAGCCCGUCAAGAACCAGAUCAAGAAGCACGACGACUACACAUCGGACGGUGUCGAAGACAACGAUGUCUUCUUACUACCCAUUUCCGACUACCAGGUCAUGGCCGUGCUGACCGUUCUGGGAGCCAUUGUGCGGCUGUUCCGCAUCUACCAGCCCACCAGCGUUGUCUUCGAUGAGGUGCACUUCGGUGGAUUCGCUUCCAAGUACAUCAAGGGCCGCUUUUUUAUGGACGUACACCCGCCGUUGGCAAAGAUGCUCAUCGCCUUGUUCGGAUGGCUUGCUGGGUUUAAUGGAGACUUUGACUUCAAGGACAUCGGCAAGGACUACCUGGAGCCAGGUGUCCCAUACGUCGCCAUGAGACUCUUUCCUGCAGUCUGUGGUAUUCUUCUGGUUCCGGCUAUGUUCCUGACGCUGAAGGCGGUCGGAUGCCGCACCGCUACGGCCGCUCUGGGUGCUUCCUUGAUCAUCUUUGAGAACGGUCUACUAACCCAAGCCCGAUUGAUCCUUCUCGACUCGCCCCUUGUUCUUGCAACUGGCUUCACUGCCCUCGCCUUCAGCUCCUUCACGAACCAGCAUGAGCUAGGACCUGACAAGGCCUUCUCAGCGAGUUGGUGGUUCUGGCUGGUCAUGACUGGCCUGGGAUUGGGUAUCACUGUCAGCAUCAAGUGGGUUGGUUUCUUCACGAUUGCUUGGGUCGGACUCCUAACCCUUGUUCAACUCUGGGUCUUGCUCGGCGACACCAAGACUGUCACGAUCCGAAUAUUUGCCAAGCAUUUCAUGGCGCGUACAUUCUGCUUGAUCAUCAUCCCCACUACUUUCUACAUGGCCAUGUUUGCAAUCCAUUUUCUGUGCCUUGUCAACCCAGGCGACGGUGACGGAUUCAUGAGCUCCGAGUUUCAGGCCACACUAAACAACAAGGGCAUGCGAGAUGUCCCUGUUGAUGUUGCCUUUGGGAGCAGAGUCACCAUCAGACACGUCAACACCCAAGGUGGUUAUCUGCAUUCCCAUCCUCUGAUGUACCCCGGCGGUAGCCAGCAGCAGCAAAUCACUCUUUACCCCCACAAGGACGACAACAACAUCUGGUUGCUCGAGAAUCAGACGCAGCCCCUGGACCAUUCUGGCGUGGAGAUCAACGGAACGGAAGCCUGGGACAACCUCCCAGAACCUGUUUACAUCAAGAAUGGCGAUGUUAUCCGUCUAUACCACCAACCCACCGACCGCCGCCUCCACUCUCACGAUGUCCGACCCCCCGUGACCGAGGCCGAUUGGCAAAACGAGGUCUCGGCCUAUGGCUACGAGGGAUUCCCUGGCGACGCGAAUGAUCUGUUCCGCAUCGAAAUUAUCAAAAAGCAAUCGAUUGGUUCUCUGGGCAAGGAGAGACUCCGGACUAUCCAGACCAAGUUCAAGCUCGUCCACAUCAUGACUGGUUGUGUUCUCUUCUCUCACAAGGUCAAACUUCCUGAGUGGGCUUCGGAGCAACAAGAGGUCACCUGCGCAAAAGGAGGCACCCUCCCGAACAGCGUGUGGUACGUCGAAUACAACGAACAUCCUCAGCUGGGAGACAAUGCCGAGAAGGUCAACUAUGUACACCCUGGGUUCUUGGGCAAGUUCUGGGAGUUGCAGAAAGUCAUGUGGAGAACUAAUGCCGGCUUGGUCGAAUCUCACGCUUGGGAUUCUCGCCCUGACUCGUGGCCCAUUCUUCGACGUGGUAUCAACUUUUGGGGCAAGAAUCACCGCCAGAUCUAUCUGAUCGGCAACCCUGUGGUCUGGUGGUCCUCGAGUUUGGCAGUCAUCGUCUACGUGCUCUUCAAGGGUAUUGCUGUUCUUCGGUGGCAGCGCAGCUGCAACGACUACGCCAACCCCACCUUCAAACGAUUCGACUACGAGAUUGGGUCUUCGGUGCUUGGAUGGGCUCUGCACUACUUCCCUUUCUACCUUAUGCAACGUCAGCUCUUCCUACAUCAUUAUUUCCCAGCCCUGUUCUUUGCGGUUAUGGCAUUCUCCCAGAUCUACGACUUUGCCACUGCCCGCCUACCUGUCCGAAGCGUUCGCGAGAACCCCAUCAUCAACAAGUCCGGUGCCGUUGCGAUUUUGGCGUUAUCAGCCAUUGUUUUCGCCCUUUUGUCGCCGCUUUCUUACGGGAACGCCUGGACCAAGGCAGAAUGUAAUCGUGUUAAGCUGUUCGAAACCUGGGAUUGGGAUUGCAACAACUUCCUCGAGAGCUACGAUGCAUACGAUAAAUUGGGCCAAGGUGCCGCCGCCAAAGUUGCCCAAACCUCACAGCCCGUCGUAAAGAGCAACGCCGCACCACCGCCACCGCCGCCAGCCCAGCAGCAGCAGCAGCAGCAGCCCGUCGGCGAAAACAAGAACCUCCCAAACGGGGACGGGGGCGCCGCGGGAAUCUCCGGGGCGCCCAAGUUCGAGCCGCAAGGCCAGAAGGUGCUAGCACGCGAGGAGCGCAUCGAAUACCGAGAUCAAGACGGCAAUCUGCUCAACGAGGAGCAGGUCAAGGAACUCGAGGGCAAGGUCGAGUUCCGAACCAAGUACGAAACCCGAACUCGCGUCGUCGACGCAGCCGGCAAUAAUGUCCCCAUGCCCGAUGGUGGCUGGGCUGGCCAAGCCGUAGCGCCGCCCCAUCCUGAUGUCGAGGGUGCUGAGAGCAAGACGGACAGGAAGGAAGCAGUUCAGGCGGAAGAACCCGAUCAAGCGCAAGAGAAGGUCGUCAAGUCCCGCGAUGGCGAGAAGGAAGCCCAGAAGGACAAGCCCAAGCCCGCGAGUGAGGGCAAUGAGGCGACUGCUCAAAAGGUAUAGCCAGUACCCGACGCCGAGUCGGAGUUGAGUCUCGUGUGUACACUACCAAUUAGUCACGUAAUGAGGAUCAUAGGAAAACUCACGAAUGGGGCGAUGAGGAGAAAGAGGCGCAUCCUCGGGGUGAAAAAGGGCUCAUUGCUUACUGCUGAACGCAUAUUCCGAUCAGCUGCAUUACUACUAUCGGGAUUUUUCCUAAUCUAAGACUCUACUUUCUAAUCCUUCAUUCCGCAAAAUGUAUGCAAGUUGACGGAAGGCGAGGUUCGUGUUAGUAGGCUGAAACUGCUGAGUUGUCAAAUUAUCUCUUCUCAGUCUACACAUGAAUAUCCGGAUUUGAAUCCAUGUCCGCAGAUUGUGUCAACUCAAUUGGAGGCUUCUUGACAGUUUAAAGCGACGACUACUUCAUAAAAUAGACUGAACCUUCAGUUCGAAAUAUUAG